UCUCCAACACUACUAGUUUCUUUCUUCUCUGCAAGUUACAUCAGAAGAAGAAGAUGGCGUUGACGGAGGAGGACAUAACGAAACUCCACCGUAUCCGCAAGACGGUGAUGCAGAUGCUCCGCGACCGCAACUACCUCGUCGGCGACUUCGAGAUCAACAUGUCCCGUCACGAGUUCAAAACCAAGUACGGCGACAACAUGAAGCGCGAAGAUCUCACCAUCAACAAAACCAAGAAAGACGGUCCCUCCGACCAGAUCUACGUCUUCUUCCCCGACGAACCCAAAGUCGGCGUCAAGACAAUGAAAACCUACACCAACCGCAUGAACAGCGAGAAUGUCUUCAGGGCUAUUCUUGUUUGUCAAUCGAACCUAACCCCGUUUGCGAAAACAUGUAUCUCUGAAAUGUCUUCUAAGUUUCAAUUGGAAGUGUUUCAGGAGGCGGAGCUGUUGGUUAAUAUCAAGGAGCAUGUGCUUGUGCCGGAGCAUCAGAUUCUUAAUGAGACUGAGAAGAAAACUUUGCUUGAGAGAUAUACAGUCAAGGAAACUCAGCUACCUAGAAUCCAGAUAACGGACCCUGUUGCUAGAUAUUAUGGACUGAAGCGGGGACAGGUCGUCAAGAUAAUCCGGCCAAGUGAGACUGCAGGCAGAUAUAUUACAUACAGAUUUGUUGUAUAAGAAUUUCCUUGAACUGACUGGCUGUACAACUUUUUCAAUAUGUUACCUACUCAUUUAUAAGAAGCAUGGACAAGGGAUAUUUAGGCUAUUUUGUAAUGGUUGAGCAUACGACUUGAAAUAUGUUAUCAUGGUUGGUAAUGUUAGUCUCUUAUGUGAAACUUCAUUGCCAUAAAUUAUUCACCAAUGAACUCUUUUGGUAA